AUGAGUUAAGAAGAAGAAAACAAUGACAUUGAUGUUCAAGCUUUGUUAGCUAGCAUUAAUGCCAAUUUUGAAAAUGAGCAAUUACUUAAUGAGGCGAAAACCCAAGUAUAAGAAGUGCAUUAGCAUAUUGAGAAUUUGUAAUAAGGUCCCAGUGAAUCCAUUGUAAUUGUUAGAGAUCAACCAAUUUAAAAAGAAUAGGAAUUAGUUGAUCCAGUAAUAGAAUUAUUGAAUAGAGUUGAAAUUCAAAAUAGUUUAUUGACCAAUCCUGAAAUUAAUUAGCAUCAAUUAGAGACUGGUCCAUUACAAUCCAUCAUUUAGUAAAUAAAGGAGAAAUCUGAUAAACAACAAGAAACUAUCAUUAAAAGGCAGAGAAACAUAUGUUGUCAAAUAAUUGAUAUAAGAAAUUUGUCGAAUUAAUUAGUUAAUGUUUAAAUUAACAAUCAUGGAAUUAUGAAAAUGAAAUUGAAUGAUUUUAAAAACAAACAAAAAGCAAUAGAUUAGUUAGAUGUUUAAGUUUUUAAGACAAAAGGAUAUGUUUUAUCGAUUAUUGAAAGAUUGGAAAUUAUGGAACAGAAUUUAGAUUACAAGAUAGAUGCGUAUGCUAAAUAGAAGGUGCAGUAACUAGCAAUAAAAUGA